UGUGCUCAUAAUUCAACACUGAUAGAGUAUUUUGUGAUACAUUAGUUUGUGUAGUAUUACAUUAAUCUUUAUUUUAAUAAAAUAAUUUUAAAAUAAAUUUUCUCUUAUGGCUCUCCGGGAGGAUACAGAUAGUGGAAUGGAGUCUCAAGAAAUAUCAUGUAAAGAUUUAAGUCCUGAAAAAACAUCGUGUGAUCAAAGCGAUUUUGAGGAUGAGCCCGAUGAAACAUUUGGUGAGCGACUAUGGGGGUUAACCGAAAUGUUUCCUGAUUCAGUACGACUUUUUGGUGGUGUUGUGUUUGAUGCGACUGAAAUAGUUACUAAGGGAUUCUAUUCUUUCUCUCGUUCAGCGUUAUGGAUAUUUUUUAGUUCGUCUAUAAUUUUAUUUGCCCCGAUAUUAAUGGAAUGUGAACGUGUACAAGUUGAAGAUAUGCAAAGAAAUCAACAGAAACAGAUGCUUCUGGGUCCAAAUGCGGCAAUAGCAGGCGGUUUGAAACCAACUCCUUCAUAGAAAAUAGUGUGCUUUAACUAAAAUAAUUAGCUUGUGGGAGAUUUUAGCGACCGAACAUUAAAAAAAAUUCUGGUUUUAUGUUGUAUGUUAUUUAUAAUAUGUAUUAGGACUGAUUUAUUUGCAUUUUAAU